AUCAAUAUUAUUGAGGAAGAUCAACAAUGUUUACAAAAAAAUGUUUUGUUCGUUUCACAACAUUUUCAAGCAAAAUUAAUUGAUUCAAUCGUCGUAUAAACAUGUAUGUGAGAAAGAGUAUUCCUAUAAACUAGACUAGACUGUUACCGAAUAACAGUGUGAACAGUGCACUACAAUCUGAACUAGGAAUUUGAUUGUGAUCGUAUAAUAUUGUUAUGUGUAUUUCAACACAAAAUGAGUGAACAAAAGAAGAAUAUUAACUGUCGAAUAUGUUUACGAUGCGAUUUAAACAAAGAACAUAAAACAUUCUCAUUGUUUGAGAAGUACAAUCACUCUAUAAUAUCAGACAAAAUAAAAUAUAUAGCCAACAUCGAAAUUAAACCGAAUGAUGGCUUGCCAUCAACAGUAUGCCCUGACUGCCUACUACAGCUCGAGACUGCGAUUAUCAUCAAACAGAAAUGUGAAGCAUCUAACAAAAUCCUACAGACUGUUGUACAGCAGCCAUCUAAAGUAUGUAAAGUGUCUAUCAAACUUCCGUUUAAAAAGGAAGUACAUGUAGAUAACGCAAAUAAGAGGACGAAUACCACAACAUCAUGUCCUACAAUACCUGAACAUAAGGAUAAUGGCCAACACUUGAACAGUAAACAAGAUCAACAAGUGGUACUGGAAAAUAAUCCUAAAUCAAACAAAGCUAAGGUUGAAAGAUUAGAGAGAAAAAUAGAAAAACCUUCUCAGGCCAAAAAGGAAUCAGUUAUAAAGGAAACCAAACCAUUAUUUGUAAAAGUAGAGAUUCCAAACCAUUUAUGUAUAAUACCUUUAACUGAAAAUUAUGAAUCUUUUAAUGAAAUAGAACAACCGGAUGAUGACAUAGUAUCUGAUCACGAAGGACCCAUACAUGACAGAACAGGACAAACAGAAACACUAACAGAAGAUACACUUGACAAAACAAAUGAGGUUGAUUCUAAAAAAAUAAAUGGAGAAAAAAAAAGUAAAGCCAUAGACUUACAGUUAAUAUGUGAUGACUGUGGUGAAACAUUUAAGACUAAAUGUAAACUCAGUGUGCAUUGGAAGAAGGAUCACCUGCAUGAAAAGUUGAUAUGCUCUAACUGCAAACGGACGUUCAAAACUUUUAAAGCUCUCAAUGUGCAUCGUAAAAAAAUGAGCAGGAGCUGUUAUGCUGCUACUCUAGUCCGUAUUGAAGGUCUGGGGAAGGAUAGAGUAUUUCACUGCAAAGAUUGUACCUAUCACACUAAAAACAUCAAAGACAUAGACGCUCAUUUAGUUACACACAAUGGUAUUCGGCGAUAUCAAUGCAAGGAUUGUUUGAAAUGGUUCACCCAACACAGCUCGCUACAAGGACACAGGGAAGCACAUCACAAUGAUUAUAAAAAAGUAGGCACUUGCCAAUACUGUGGUAAACAUAUAAAAGGCCGCAACAAAUUGUACAAACACUUAGUAAAUCAUGAGUCAAAGUCCGUACAAUGUGAGAUUUGUAAGAAAAUAUUAAAAAAUCGUAGCAAUUUGAGAAACCAUAUGAAAAGACAUAGUGGUGUUAGAAGUUAUACAUGUACAAGCUGUCCUGCGAAUUUUUUCACUAUGGCUGAACUUUGUAAUCACCGUAACAGGGUCCAUUGUAAAGCUAAAACAUUUAAAUGUAAUCUGUGUGGGUACUUGACAACUACAGCAAGAUUAUUAAAAACACACAUAUCUCGGCAUACAGCAACCAAUGUUGUGUGUUUUAUGUGCGGCAUGUUCCUUGACAAUGAAGAGAAGUUAGCCAUCCACCAGAAGAGACAUAUGGAGCAGAAUUUUGUUUGUCGACAUUGUGAUAAAGGCUUCUUCCUUAGAGAAUCACUGAGAAGGCAUUUAGCCAAGAUACACGAUGAUUUAUCGCCAGACUCACUAGAACAAUCAAAACCUGUGAAUGUAAAACAGGAGAGUUCUGUAGAAAAUAAGUUAAAUAGUUAAUUUUAAUAUUUAUAUUUUUGUUCCAAUAUUAUAAUUAUUUCCCAAAUUAUGUCGUAAAUGUUGUGUCACAAUAACUGUUCAAUAUUUAGCAUAGCUUAUAACUUUUAAUAGUUGAGAUUGAGACUUAUUUUUAUGAUGUAUUAUAAAUGUAUAUAUUUUUUCUUCUGUGAAGAGUUAUCUAUUUACACAAAGUAACUAAGAACUCAAUUGAGCCUCUGUUAAUUUGAUCCAGUAAUGAUUGAAUAUUCGUUUUAAUUAUUAUAAUCGAUUAUAUUGCAUGCUGAGACCAGCUGGAGUCAGUUUACUGAAUAGAAUUAAAUGUCUGAGUAUAGAAAUCUAUAUAUUUAUUAAGAAAUAAUUUUAU